UUGCGUGAGUUCUCGAGUCUUGACAUGGCAGGGUUUUGUUUUGUUUGUAGUCUGAAGACGUAGCAAACAAUUUCAGCAAUUACAAGCACUAAAAAGUAGAACGAAACUAGCUUUAAAUCUGCACUGGAACCCGUAGAAUCUGUGUCAUGGAGGAAGUCAUGGAGGACCUCUGUCGGAUGUGCUCGGAGAAAAAGUCCCGGCUGAGGUCAAUCUUCUGGGAGUUUGAGGAAGAGAACUUGCUGGGCAUAAUCACCAAAGUUCUGCGGUUGGAAAUUGCCGAAGGCGAUGGCCUUCCCUCCAAGGUCUGCAAACCGUGCGCCACCGCACUGUUCAAGAUUAACGAGAGCAUCGUCAAGUUCCGGGAGGUCGACAAGUCACUGCGGAAGAGACUGCUGUCGGGGGCUAAGAAAGAGGUUGAAGCGGAAGGGCCGGAAACGGCAAGGGGUGGAACCGAUGCGGCGGCGGAUGUGCUGGCCGAUGUCGGUGCGUUCUUUGUCGAGGUGAAGAUGGAACCGGAUCAGAUCAAGUCCAGCGAUGAAAGUGAGGAAGAAGAUGCGCCGGAUGACGACCCAAGUUACGAUCCCGAGGAUGAAGACUCGGAGAAGCCGUUGGUUCCUCCGAAGGUCCCCAAAAAAUAUAAAGAUCAGUCGUUUAAGGAUGAACCCGUAACAUCGGAUAAAGGUUCCGAUACGGAUGAUCUACCGUACUCAAAACGUCCUCCGAAACGGAAACGCCGUAAUACGAAUCCCAGAUUGCCAAAGCUCUACGAUCACAAGUGUUACAUCUGCAAGAGCGAGUCGCAGGGUUCGGCGAAGGCACUGCUGGAACACUUGACAGUCCAUAUGGACCAGAUUCCGUACACCUGCACGGAGUGCGUGAUGGACACGGUUGUCCUGAAGCACGUAAAGGCGUUGAAUAUCCACAAGAAGAUGCACGCCCAACCGGUCAAGUGCCAGUAUUGUGACCGUCGGUACAGCAACGCCGUUGGUCGGGAGCUGCACGUGAAGACGUACCAUCUGGGAGAAAAUGCGCCCUGUCCUUCUCCGUGUGAAAAGUGUGGCAAAAUUUGUAAAUCUAUUGCGGCGCUCAAGAGUCAUCUGAGGGAUCACAAAUUUGAAGUCAAGUGUCCCGUCUGCGACAAGAUAUUCCACCGCAACGACAGACUUCGUUUGCACAUCUCACAGGUUCACGAAAAAGCGGAGAAGCACGAGUGUAAACUGUGUGGCCACUUUGUGAGCACGCUGGAAGCUUACAACAUCCAUCUGAACAAGCAUAAAAACUCGGAAACUCACGCGUGUGAUCUCUGUCCGAAGAAGUUCUUCACCGCCGGCAAUCUUCGCUCUCACAAGAAGGUCCACGCGAAGAACCCCAACUACAAGGCGAAGAAGGACUGGACCAGCCACUACACCGUAACGGAGCUUCCGGAAGGCGGAAAGUCGUACUCGUGCAAUCACUGUCCGAAAAUAUUCACCGGCAUCAUCAACACCGUCAUCAGCCACGUAAAAACGCACUUCAAGGAGAUCAAGUGCGAUCAGUGCAAUUUACUGUUUUCCGAGGAGCAUAAGCUUAAGCUGCAUUACGUGGUCCACACGAGAGAGCGCAACUACAAAUGUCCCCAUUGCAGCAAGGACUUUAUGUACCAUUCGCACAUGUCCCACCACAUCAAGUCAGCCCACCUGUCGGAGGCGGAACUUGCCGAACGGGUUGCGCUGGGCUACGCAGCGAAAGCGGCCAAAGCUGUGAAGGCGUUCGGGAAGGAGAAGUAGAGCGGGAUUGAUUUGUAAUCUUUUUAUUUGUCGUCUAAAUAAAUGAUUUUCUUUGGAGAAUAA